GUGUGGAAACCCUCCGGAGGCGCUGCUGCCGAAGGAAAAUUUGGUGGGAGGAGGAGGACGGGGUAAAGACAGGCUGGGAGGGGAGAAGUAAGGAGGACAAAUAGGUCGCCUCUCCCGAGUUGGCACAAAGUUCUUUUUCGAGAUGUGGCUGAAGCCCGAGGAAGUGCUGUUGAAAAAUGCGCUGAAGCUGUGGCUGAUGGAAAGAUCCAACGAGUACUUUGUCCUGCAAAGGCGUCGGGGCUACCAGGAAGAAGGCGGAGGAGGUCUUGCUGGGCUUCUGGUUGGGACUCUUGAUUCUGUCUUAGACUCUACUGCUAAAGUGGCUCCAUUUCGCAUCCUACACCAGACACCAGAUUCUCAAGUUUAUUUGUCAAUUGCAUGUGGGGCCAACAGAGAAGAAAUAACAAAACAUUGGGACUGGUUGGAACAAAAUAUCAUGAAGACUUUAUCUGUGUUUGAUUCAAAUGAAGAUAUUACUAACUUUGUACAAGGCAAAAUAAGAGGACUAAUUGCUGAAGAGGGAAAACAUUCUUUUGCUAAAGAAGAUGAUCCUGAGAAAUUUCGAGAAGCCCUUUUGAAAUUUGAAAAAUCUUUUGGUUUACCAGAGCAGGAAAAACUAGUAACAUAUUAUUCCUGCAGUUAUUGGAAAGGACGGGUUCCUUGUCAGGGUUGGCUCUAUCUAAGUACCAACUUUCUGAGCUUCUAUUCUUUCUUGCUAGGAUCAGAAAUUAAACUCAUUAUCUCCUGGGAUGCAAUCUCAAAACUUGAAAAGACUUCAACUGUUAUACUAACAGAGAGUAUUCAUGUAUGUUCCCAAGGAGAGAAUCACUAUUUUUCAAUGUUUUUGCACAUUAAUGAAACAUACCUGCUUAUGGAACAACUGGCAAACUAUGCUAUAAAGAGGCUUUUUGAUAAGGAAACAUUUGAUAAUGACCCAGUACUUGACGAUCCUCUACAAAUUACUAAAAGAGGGUUGGAAUAUCGAGCCCACAGCGAGCAAUUCAAAGCUUUUUUUAGGCUACCCAAAGAAGAGACUUUGAAAGAAGUACAUGAAUGUUUCUUAUGGGUACCAUUCAGCCACUUCAGUACUCACGGAAAAAUGUGCAUUUCAGAAAAUUACAUCUGCUUUGCUAGCCAGGAUGGUAAUCUAUGUAGUGUAAUCAUCCCAUUACGAGAGGUCUUAGCUGUAGAUAAAACUGAUGACUCCAACAGAUCUGUCAUGAUUAGCAUCAAAGGAAAAACAGCUUUUCGUUUCAAUGAGGUUAAAGACUUUGAGCAACUGGUGUCAAAACUCAGGCUCAAAUGCCGGGCAGCUUCAACUCAGGACGUUGUUAGUACAGAGGUUGCUAUUGAUUCUGACUCUACAAGCCCAUCUGAUAAUUUUGAGGAGCAUCCUUUGACAUGUCAAAAAGAGUAUAGCAAAACUGUGAACACGGAGGCCUUAAUGACAGUAUUUCACCCUCAAAAUUUGGAGAAUGUUGAUUCUAAAAUGUUGAAAGAAAAGAUGAAGGAACAAUCAUGGAACAUCUUAUUUUCAGAAUGUGGGCGUGGUGUUACCAUGUUCCGGACAAAAAAGACCCGAGAUCUGGUUGUCAGAGGGAUUCCAGAGACUUUACGAGGAGAGCUCUGGAUGCUAUUCUCAGGUGCUGUUAAUGAUAUGGCUACUAAUCCCGGCUAUUAUGCUGAAGUGGUUGAACAAUCCUUAGGGACCUGCAACCUGGCUACUGAGGAAAUUGAACGUGAUUUGCGUCGUUCUCUGCCUGAACACCCAGCAUUUCAGAGUGAUACUGGCAUAUCUGCUCUGAGGCGGGUACUGACAGCGUAUGCAUAUAGAAAUCCCAAAAUAGGAUACUGCCAGGCAAUGAACAUUUUGACUUCAGUAUUGCUUCUAUAUGCAAAAGAAGAAGAAGCUUUUUGGCUUCUGGUUGCUGUGUGUGAACGAAUGUUGCCUGAUUAUUUUAAUCGUCGAAUCAUUGGUAAAAGCAUACAAAAAAUACAUACACAUUUGCGGGUUGUAUCACAAGAUGUGAAAAUGAGCCUUCAGGAACUGGAUGAACUUUAUGUCAUUUUUAAGAAAGAGCUAUUUAUAUCUUGUUAUUGGUAUUUGAGUUGUCCAGGAUUGAAGCAUCAUGACCCCAGCCUGUCAUAUUUGGAACAAUAUCAAAUUGACUGCCAACAAUUCAGAAUGCUGUAUCACUUGUUGAGUCCCUGGGCUCACUCUGCAAACAGAGAUUCACUAGCUCUAUGGACGUUCAGAUUGUUGGAUGAGAACUGUGAUUGCCUUAUAAACUUCAAAGAAUUCUCCUCAGCAAUUGAUAUCAUGUACAAUGGAAGUUUUACUGAGAAGCUUAAGCUGCUUUUUAAGCUGCAUAUUCCUCCAGCUUAUACUGAAGUGAUGUCUAAGACUUCUUCAAAAGGCGAUGAGCUUUCAAAAGAAGAAUUACUUUAUUUCAGUCAGCUCCAGGUUUCUAAGCCUGCAGAUGAGAAGGAAACAGAAUCAGGAAGAAAUAGCCCUGAAAAAGGCAAAGGAAAAAUUGACAUUCAAGCCUACUUAAGUCAAUGGCAAGAUGAGCAUCUCAAAAAAGAAGAAAACAUUAAAGAUUUACCAAGAAUGAAUCAGUCACAAUUUAUUCAGUUUUCAAAGACCCUGUAUAAUUUAUUUCAUGAGGACCCCGAAGAAGAGGCACUAUAUCAAGCCAUUGCUGUUGUAACCAACCUUCUGCUCAGGAUGGAAGAAGUUGGAAGGAAACUCCAUAGCCCCACAUCAUCAGCCAAAGGAUUCUCCAAGACAGCCUGUGAUUCUGGACCCAAUAAGGGGAAAGCAGAGAGCAAAGUAGAGAAAGAUCCUUCCUCUCCCAGAGAAGAACAUCAGUGGUCUUUUGCAUUUGAACAGAUUCUCGCAUCCCUGCUAAAUGAGCCAGCCUUGGUGAAGUUUUUUGAGAGACCCUUAGAUUUAAAAGCCAACCUAGAAAAUGCAAAAAGCUCCCAGUUAAGGUCUAGAACCAAGAUGUAAAUCUCUGUCAGAUUUACCAAGAUUCCUGUACUAUCAGUUUGAUUUCUGAGAAUACUUCUCAGGGAUGUAUUGCAUUACCUAUGUUCUCCAAGGCAAAAGAGAAGAUACUCAGAAGCACAGUGGUUCAUUCCUUUGUAUUAAUUGCAGUUAAAAAAAAAAAAUCUCCCACUCUUUGUGUUACGAGAUAUGUAGCUUCAGGGUAACAUGCUCAGUGAAACCACAAGAGGGCGCUACCACAUCGCUUUAAUGAGUCAGUUACCGGUUUGUGCUGCUGUUUCCGUGAGAUUGUUGGUGUUUGGAAAGGAGGUGAUCUUUUUAUUAGUGAUGCUGUUAUGGCACAUUGAUAAGCUUCAUUUUUUUUUUAAUUCUUUCUAGUCCUACAAAAAACACUUUAGAAAACUGGGCUUUGGAGCUGUAACUUUAAUUAUCUAGGAAAUUGCCAUUUAGGGCCCCGAUUUCCAAGUUUUAUAACUGAAAGAUUAUUAACUUUUAAAACUCAGUUUUAUUCAGUACAAUAAAAUGUGGUUUUUAAAAGCAACUUCUGCAUUCUCUGUUCUCAAGGGAUUGAGAAUUUGCUAGCUCACACUACUAACUCUGUUGCUGAUCAGUACACAUCAAGAAGUCUAAACUCUGGGCUGAUAGAAAGAAAGACAUCACUGAAUUUAGACUUAAAUCAACUCAAGCCCAGCAUUUUGAAAAAGGUUAGGAGACAUUUCCGUUGAUUAUGCAGCCCUUUCAUGUAGUCAGAGACAAAACUAAAAAUCCUUUAGAAUGCUGUUAUUUGUGGCAUUUGUUGAAGAAUAGCUUGUGAUUGCUUGGGUCCCAGCUUUAUAUGUUGACUUUUCACCAGUUGUAUUUUAAUUUACAGUCAGUAGUUUGGGAAAGUUACGCUAGGACAGAAUUGCUGUAUUAGUCUGGCAAGCAUAUGAAGUAUAUAUACUCCAUGUAAUAGUUGCUAAGGUACUAUGUACAAUUGCCAGCAUCUACCUAAAAUGGUUUGAGUCUGACUUAGCUGUGUAAUUUGUAUAUAUUUGAUGCUUCUUCUAGGUCAGCCAUUACAUGGUUGAUGGUCCAUUUAAAUAUAUAUAGACUUUGAUAGCACUUUAAAAAAUUAAAAACAAACAAACACAAACCAUGUGAACAUAUCCUGUCUUCUGCCAUUUUUGAUGAGUAAUUUAUUAAGCAGAUGACUAAGGAUAUAGGGCAGGAAUCAUCUUGUGGAGCUUCUAUCUUUGCACUACACUUUGAUUUCAAGCUUUCUGACUUGGCUAGAAGUAAAACAAUGAAAGGGCAGACCUCCUUCAUAGGGAUCAAAGAGGUCUCCCUUUCUGGGAAGGAAUUGAUGUGGUCAGUCAUUGGCAAGAAUAUACUGUGAAUAAAACCUAGCAGAGAGGGCUAUGUUGCAAUAGCAUAUAUUAUUUUCAAUGAAGUUAAACAGUUUUCAAGCUGAAUCUUUGAAAAUUCAAGCCAGUCAUGGUGGUGCAUGCCUGUACAAUCAGCACUUGUGGGUUGGAGACAGAGGCAGGCCAUCCUGGUCUACAAAGUGAUUUCAGGGCAGCCAAGACUAUAGAGAGAAACCCUUUAUCAAGAGAGAGAGAGGGAGGGAGAGAGAGAGAGAGAGAGAGAGAGAGAGAGAGAGAGAGAGAGAAAGAAAGAAAGAAAGAAAGAAAGAAAGAAAGAAAGAAAGAAAGAAAGAAAGAAA